AUGGAGAGCGUUCGCGCCGUCGUCUUCCUGUCCGUCUGUCUGUCCGUGAUGACAUCACUCUGUCAGGGUCAAAGGUCAGCCGACAGCCAGCUGCCGUCUGAACCCGACCAGCCCAACUUUGGAUUCACAACCAGAGAGCUGGCUGAAGCUCUGCAGGGGUUUCUGGAUGAAGCUGAUAACAGAGUGGGUCUCUCUGUGGAGAAGAAAGCCAGCGUGAUUCCUCGGUGUGACGUGGGCGAGCGAUGUGCGAUGAAACAUGGACCUCGUAUCGGCCGACUGUGUGACUGUCUGAGAGGAACGGCCUGCAACACUUUCUUCCUGCGCUGCUACUGA